AUGUCCGGAUCAGGUAUUCUCGCUCAAUGGCAAGCGCGUCAUGCAGUUCUUGUGGUUCCAAUGGGUGGCGUCCAGUUUCUCUCUUUCCAACAACAGCCGGCGAUUGGCACCAGGGACCUUGGAUCAUGUUCUGUCGUGCUCAUAGCAUCCGCGCAAGGCGCUAUUCUUGCUCACAUUCCUCCACGACCCUUGCAACCAUCACCGGACCCGUUUGCCGGUGAUAACAACGCUCGUAAUAUGAUGAAUCAAGUGGCUACUCUCUAUCAACAAAACAGGGGGUACUUUUCUUCCGCGGACUCGGUUGUUGUCUGCGCUUGGUACAACGGAGCAGUGGCGUUGCCCGAGCAGACAGAGAUAAUGUCCUCGUCUCUUCGACAAUUGGGACUCAAUCCGACCAUCAGAACAUAUCAUGUUCCUGGAAAUAGAAAUCUUCCCGGCCAGGGAACUGUGAUUGCAAUCAAGUCUGCCAACCAGCCGAGGCCUCAGAUAUACGUGGAGGAUCGGCAUGCAGGCACGGUUUCAGCAAUUAGGCACAUGAAAAUUGAGCGAUUAUGGCUUGUUCAAACAUGGAUUAGUUAUGAAUAUAUGCACAGUCAGGUUCUCAACGCUGAUGGUAGGCAUAUUCUUGGUCGUGAGCCCUUUAGACCCCAGCCACGAAAGCAAAGAGCCUCCAUGAGACAGACUUCAUUUCAUCAGGUAAAAAGAACAAAGAUUACUGGGAUACUCCAUCAAAGUAACUGGUUAUGUACUUAUCAUCCCGUCCGAUUCAUUGCACACCGUAUACCUGUUUCCCCUGAUGGUUUGGUAAUCAACCGCAUAUCAAUGCGUAUGUACCUAGUAAAGCCGCAGGUGCUUUCCUACGGUUAUGCAAAGUUGCUACCAACGAUGUCAUCUGCUACACGCUCUCGGCAACCCCGCGCAGCACGUGCAUGUGACCGUUGCCGCCAGGCACAUAUGAGGUGUUGUCAGAAAAUACCUUGUCAGCGGUGCCAAAAGUUGAAUGUGAGCUGUCAUUAUCAGCCAACUCAGUUAAUCAAGCAAGCGGACAAAGCUACCUCCACACUCGAAGAUUACCCUAGUUACGCGUCAACAUAUCAGACUUGGCCUCGUCCAUGGGACCUUCCACUCUACGAUCCUGCGAUGGCGGAGUCCAUGGGGGAUUUGGCUCGUGCCCCCGCUUGUGAAACAUCCUACCCAAAGCUUAGUUCUUGGUUGUCGGAAGAGCAGUGGCGAUUUAUCACGAUGCCUGAUCCACUCGAUCCUGCGAUACUGGAGACCAUGAGGGAAACAUUCACAAAGCUUAGUUCUUGGGAAGAGCAGUGGCGAUUUAUCAUGAUGCAUGAUCCAGUUGUCUUUAAUUACGCGUCAACUUUGCCUCCAUGGGGCUAUCCACUCGACGAUGCUUCGAUCCCGGAGACUAUGGGGGAUUUGGCGCGAGCCACCACUUGUGAAACGAACGACUAUGGAGUAACGAAAGAUGAACGAGAGUUUUCCGCGCCCCAGAAAUCACCGUUGGCCAAUGUGGACUGUCACACCAAAGCACAGGAGGUCGCUGGAGAUUUGGUGCCUAGCAUCGCAUCUCAAUCAAAAUUGCGGAAUCAAAAGCAGGUCGUUGGGGCAAUAGAUUGGGAAUAUACCUAUUCAGCGCCGCUUGAAUUCGUUUAUAGCGCCCCAUUCUGGCUUCUUCUGGAACUUCCCGAAUACUGGCCGGAAGGGUUGGAUGACUGGACCAAUAUCUAUGAGACACGCCUGGUGACGUUUCUUAGGGUACUUGAAGAGAGAGAGAAAGUGGCACUCGAACGUGGACUGUUGGCCGAGGAACAACGUCUCUCCACAUAUAUGAGGGAUAGCUGGGAAAGUGGAGAUUUUUGGGUUAACUAUGCAGCAAGGAAAAGUUGGGCUUUCGAUAUGAUAUACUGGGCGAAGAUUGACAGAAGGUUCUUCGGUGAUGGGUAUCUCGAUGAUCGUCUCCAAAAAGAUGAAGGAAAAAGAGGAGCGCAAGCUAACAGACUGGACGUCUUGAAUCACAUCUCGACUGCGAACCACGGUCCAUUCAAAUGCCGAGAUGCAGCCAUCAUCGACAAUGAUGCACCGAGAGUCUUUUGA